AAGAAGGAGAAUGAAGACAGAUAAGACAUCAAAAGAAUAAGCAUUUUUACUUGAUUCAAGUUCUAUACAAAGCAAUACUAUAAUUUGUAGCUCUAUCGCAAAAAAAAGAAUUUAUUAGAUAGGAGAAUCAACUAGUUGGUCGUGUGAUUUGUGCAGUUUUAUUAUUCCCGGUGUGCGAUUUUCUUUGAAAUGUCAUAGUUUUCAUUUUUUUUGUAAAUAACAACACCUGAUUGUAAACCUGAUUUAAAUAAGCCACGUUUUUACUUAUAAAAAAUUAGCAUAAGAUAAAAGUGGAGACGCCGGGUAGUGGUCACAUGUUUGUCUGUAAUCGGAAACACCUCACAUUAGUGGUGAGGAGUACAACUAUAAUAGGUAAUUAGCUGAUUUUUAUUCCACUUAAUUGCCAUGUGAAAAAAUUAACAAGCUCAUUUUAUUAGUUGUGAAAUUAUGUGAUUAUAAAAAAAUGCUUUUUCUUCAUAUAUAAUAAGAAGAUAUCUCAUGAGUCAUGAUCAUUAAGAUGGAGAAAAAUUAGACUAUUCAAAAUAACUUGUUUAGAAAAUGAUCUACAAAAAUUUAAUUUAAAGCAAAAUAAUAUUUUCUUUUAAAUUUAAAUUUUUUAAGAAAAAUGCAAAUUCAAAAUUAAAAAAAGAAUAUGACUUUUCGUCUUGCCUUUCAUCCUACAUUUAGUAAAAAAAAAAAAUCUUCUGAAAAUGACCGCCUUUCCCAGCCAUUAAUUUGCUUAGGCAAUUCCUAGAAAGGACUGUGAGUGCACCCAAAAAAUAAUGUAGGUCAAAUUAUUUGUGUAUAAAAAUGCGCAAUCUGAAUUGACCGAGUGAGCAAGUUUUUUAUGAGGUACAUUUAGUGCGACUUCAUCAUAUGAACCAUAUAGUGUAGCAUAAACCAUUCCACUUACUUAACUUCAGUUUAUCCAUCACACAAUGUACAAAAAAACAAUUUACCCCCAUCCAUCGUCGAAGAAAAAACUCAAAAUAUUAAAGAAGUAAUGGUAUAUACCCAUAUAGUUAUAAUCCAACGAAAACUGAAGGUUGGGUUCAGUUGCAUUUAUGCCAUCGUACUACUCUGAAUACAUUCAGCAGUGCUUUACAAUUUAUUUCCUAAAGGAAUUAUAGCAAACAAACUAAAUUGUAGUUCUUUUUAUUUUUUUCUUGUGUGAUCGUUAAGUGUCCUCUUGUGAUUAAAAAUGGUAUUAGAGCUUAAAGUUUAAAAUGUUUAAAAAGUUUAAUAAGAAAAGUUUAAUAAAAUUCCUUACAAACAAUUUAAUUGUGAUUUUUAAUCAAUUAAGUGAGAAAUGUAAAUAUUUAAAUGUACAUAUGUAGGUGUGAUUAUAUAUAAUACGUACCUACCUACAAUAAUCAGUGCCUAUAAGUGGAGGUUUUAAAAGUGAAUUUGUCCCUAAUGAUGUACUAACUUUCUCCCUAUCGCAUACUUUUUCUAUGCCUAUGCUAUUACAUAAAGUGAGAAGAAUGGUGAUAGUGAUUUUUUAAAGAGCACGAAGAUACUAAAUAAGUGCUUCAAUGUAGUAAUUAUGUUGGGUAAAUUGACAACCGACAAUCAUAUAAUGAACAAUAAAGUUUGUGUGCUGUAUUUUUUAUUUAUGUUUUCUUCCUCAAUCAUUCGAGCAACGCUCUAUGACUUAUUGCACUUCAUUGAGAGGGGAAACAUUGGUGGAGAUCUUUUUGAUAAUAACGAAAGACAAGAGAAAAAUUUAACAAAUUAUUAUUUUCCAAAUAUAAAACGCAAUGAAUGGAAUAAAUACUCCGAAAAUCUGCAAAAACAUACACCAUUUGGUAAACUUUUACAACAGGCACCUUCAAUUCCUUUGGCAGUAACGGCAGUAAAGACAAAUAUUCAUAAUAUAAACGGGUACAAAUAUCAAAAUCGCAAUCCACCAUUCAUUUUUAUAGAAAAACUGACCAACAAUCUAAAGCAAAAUUAUGACUACAAAAGCCCAUUCUCGAUACGAAAUAAACCUACUUUCAAAUUCUUUGGCCAAAAGUUUUCCUCCACUGCUGGUCUUGAUGUCAACAUACCAUUUACAAAUGAAUUGAUUGAUAAAUUUAAGGAUCACAUUAAAGCAAUUUAUCCUGGAACACUUUGGUGUGGAGGAGGUGACUUAGCCAAUGGAACAUCUGAUCUUGGAUUCUUCGCUUCAACAGACAACUGCUGCAAAAUGCACGAUAUGUGCCCAUUUUACAUUAAGCCCAGAAAUCAAGAUUAUGGUUUACAAAAUAGUGGUCUUUUCACGAGAUCUCACUGUGAUUGUGAUCGAGAAUUCUACUAUUGCCUCAAAAAAAUUAAUACAUUUGUAUCAAAUAAAAUUGGCUAUACAUAUUUUAAUAUUUUAGGACCACAAUGCUUUAGGGAGGAGUAUCCCAUAAUUUCAUGUGCUAUGAGCUAUCGAAAUCGUUGCUAUUCAUACAUCGUGGACGAUGGCAAUAUUAAGACGUGGCAAUGGUUCGAUAAUAAAUUGUACUAAAAACCAACAAUAUAUCAUCUGUACUAUUUCCCAUAGGUUCAUCAAUAAAAGACCAUUAUAUUGAUUUUUUAGUCACCUUGCAAAUUAAAGAGAAUUAGGUUAAGUCGAUGGUGGAUAUUUAAAAUAGGUAACUAGAAUAAAAAAAUCUUACGAAAUUUUAAAAUCAAUUUCAAAUGAAACAGAAAAUAUAUUUUUAUUAUGAAAAAUGUAUACCUAUACAAUUUAAUUAAAAUAGAAUAAAAUAAAAUAUAAAUUAGUAUAGGUAAAAUACAAACAACCUAGUGAAAUAUCAGAAGAAAAUACAAAUAUUUUUAAAAGGAAAACAAACAAAUAAAUAAACUUUCGAACAAAUGACUUGUGAGUUGAAACAGAUAUGAAAAAAGAUAUUUUUAGAGACUAUCAUGAUAUUAAUUAGAGCUCGAGGGUUUCUUGAUAUGCUAUGGAAAUUAAACGACAUACGUAGUUUCAUAAACACUACGAGGAGACGUACGCAUGUGUGUAGUUGUAAAUGGUUCGUCUUCCUUUAAAAAAUACAUGAAUUUGUUUCGUUUCUUUAACUACAUAGUAGCAUAUCUCCAUAUUUAUGUUCUGUGAUAUUUUUUUUGAACAAUAAAAAAUUUAAUAAAAACGA